GAGGAGAGCACGAGGCCGCGUGCUGACAGUCAGGCACACAAACCACUCUCAGCAUCUAUUCGUCGGGGAAGAAUGGGUCAAGUUGAACCCAUGUUCUUACGUAUAUACUCAGUCUAUCGUCACAAGAGACAACAAGAGAUGUCCUUAGUCCCUGAUAUUCAACUAGUGACUGGCUGUAGUGAUUCUUUUUCACCGGAUUUGUAUCAUUCCUAGUCCGAACUGUCGAUCUGCGUUCCACUUCAUCUGACAUGAUGCAAAGGCUAUCGCGAUUCCAAGAUGUCUUGCCUUUGGGGUCAAGGCGCAUGGAUGUUUUUUCAGCUGGAAUGGUUAGACUGUUUUCAGAUGAAGUGUUUAAAACGGAAUAUCAGGAUCGAGAACGUUCAAGAUCAGUGACAUCAUUUUAUUACCAGAGUGCUAUCGAUCAAACAGCGGCCAAGCCAUCAGUGCGUCUUACCCCCGCUGCUAUACUGUAUGCUGGACGCAGCUCCGACCAAAGUCAUAUCUUGCGAAGUGCCCAGUAUUUACACAAAGAACUUCCUGUUCGCAUCGCACACAGAAUUGCAGGUUUCCGGGGACUUCCUUUCAUUGUGGGGUGUAACCCAACCAUCCUACAAGUUCAUGAGCUGUAUAUCCGGGCGUUCCAUAUCCUGUCAGAGAUGAUGCCAAUCACAGAUAUGAAGUCAGAUGAACACUUCUCCGAGACUCUUCGGAACCUCCUUGACGACCACAAGAACAAUGUCACGCUUCUAGCGGAGGGAUUUGCAGAGUGUCGCAAACACAUCAAGGAUGAGGCCCUUAUCAAAAGUUUCCUGGACAAGACGCUGACGUCUCGCCUGGGGAUUCGAAUGUUGGCAGAGCAUCACCUCUCACUCCACUUGGAAAGGCCAAACCAUGUGGGCAUCAUCAACGUUGGUUUCUCGCCGAGAAAGCUUAUUGAAAAGAAAGCCGAAUUUGUAAGGGAUGUGUGUAUUGCCAAGUUUGGCAAAGCGCCUCACGUGAAACUGAACGGUCAUCUGAAUGCUACGUUCCCCUACAUCGCACCUCCCUUGGACUACAUCCUGACUGAACUCAUCAAGAAUGCUAUGAGAGCAACUGUGGAGUCACAUCUUGAUGCCCUGCAUGGUCUCCCAGACAUCUACAUCACCGUGGCCUGCAGUGAGGAGGACUUUGUCAUCAGGAUAUCUGACCGUGGUGGCGGUAUUCCCCCAAAGGUCCUUGCCAAGGUCUGGGACUACAACUUCACCACCUCUGGGGCUGUGACUGAUGACCGUGUGGAUGGGGGUCUCUUUGGCCAGAUCAUGGACACGGACAACUCAGGACCUGCUCCUGGAAAAAUGCAUGGGUACGGCUUCGGUCUACCCACAGCCCGAGCCUAUGCUGAGUAUCUAGGUGGACGCCUUACCCUGGAAACCAUGGAGGGCAUCGGCACGGACGUUUACCUGCGCCUAGCACACAUGGACAGCAAGUCUGAGAAGUUCCGUAUCUAAACCUCCAGCUUGGAUGCCAACUUGACAGUCGUGUGGAUUGUUUUUUGAAGCGUGGAUAAAACUGUUGGCCAGUGUCCACUGAUGACAGGAACCAGAUCCUGAAAAUUCACCAGAACUUCUGGACUUACAGCAUUGUUACUUCAUUCAUAAAUGAUAUUCUUGUUUCAAAUUGGACAAUUUUGUGCCCUGAAGAAGGAUUUCGGCUGUUUUUGUCAGCUUAAUUGUUUCUUUUUGCAGUGAUGGGAGAAAAGUGAUAUGUCUUAUGCAAACAUCCGGCUGUAAACAUUGUUUGGGUGGUGGGGUAGCCUAGUGAUUAUAGCAUGUGCUUGUCUUGCUUAAAGCCCGGGUUCGAUUCUCACAUAGCUACAGUGUGUGAAGCCCAUUUCUGGAGUCCAUUUCCGUGAUGGAAUAUUGCAGACCAUACUCACUCACUCACCCACUGUUCAGAGGGACAGGGCAUAGAUACCACUGCAGUUUACAAAGUAAUAAUUCAUACAUGAAUCUCAUGUUUAGUUUGAAUCAGAGUCCACAGUGUUGUUGAAAUGUUUGUACUAAAUCCAUAUAUUUGUGUUCCUGUCUCGUUGUAUCACAAAUAUUUGGGGAGGAUAGUCUGCCAUACCUAGUUACCUCCCUUUGAUGUUUGGGAUGCAAUGCUAUGAUGACUUGUAGAGUAUUAGAUGUGUAUGAUGUCAUAGUUUCUGCCAGUAUAGGAGAGAGAGGCAGGGGAAUCGACAUGGAUGUUGUUGUUGUUGUUGUUUUGACUCGUUACCAUGGUUGCACAUAUGACUAUGGUAACAACUAUUGUUGUAUAAUGUAAGACUACCGUCUCAUCGCCCAGAAAUUCAUAGGAAACACAGUUGGGGGUAAAACGCAAACUACCUUGAAUGGACAUACUCGUAGAGUCAGUGGGAAUCUCAUGACGUUUUUGUCAGCAUGUUGGUUACUUUGUUCUGCCGGUUUGAGGAAUGUACUCAGUUGUGUGAGGUUCUCACACACAGGUCUCUCACAUCAAUAUAGUGUGAGGAUGCACUCGUUUUGUCAUAUCUUGAAUUACACUUAUCUGAUUGUUAUUAUGUGUAUUUUAUUCAAAGACAUUAUUCUCCCCAUGUACAGUGUCCUACCUGGUGUGUCUGUAUGGUAUUUCCCGGUCCGGUACAGGAAUCAACAGCAUGGCCUCCAGCAUGUGUGGGCAAGCAGGACUGAACAUCAUAUCAAGUUUAUCUUUGACUGAGCAGUCACAUUAAUGAUAUCUUUGUUUUCAUAUCACUUGAUAAAAAUUGAAGAUGUCUGUUAUUUGUCUCAAACAGUCCACUGUAAACCAUGGUGGUAUAUCUUCAAUCUAUUGUGAUAAAUGCUUUGUAGCUGAUUAGUUUUGUUUAAACAUAUUUUAUUUACAAAGUGAAAAGGAUCAGGGACAAGUUCUUACAAUUUAUAAAACCCCUUUCCAAGAAUAUUUACAAACACAUUUCAGCGCAAGCAAUAAUUAGAAACAGACGAAGAGGAAGAUAGACACUUAAGGGGAAAUAUAAUACAAUAGGUACACAAGGAGGAAAAAUACUGGAAUCUUUCUGAUUUGCUUAUAUACAGAAGUACAUUUUUUAACAUAAUUUCAUUUUUAUGAUUUGUCUGAUGUGCAAUGCUGUUAAAAAGAACAGAGAUUGUAAUCACAAAGUUACAGUUGUACUUGAUUACCACCAGGCGUCUGGAAGGGAUGUGCCUGUGUUAAACCUAGAAACUAAGGAUGGACGUUUUCUCACUCACGAACACACAUGAUGAACUAUGUCAAGAAAUAGUGGUAUUAAAGUUGAAUUUUCCCGAGUUAAUCUUACAGUAUAGUUGUUUUGGUCUGUUUGACUUCAACUGAUGUUGUUUAAGCUUCCUUACACUAAUUUGUUUUUGUUUAAUCCUGAUACUUCUAUUGGAUUAUUCCCAAACAUCAGUAACACUUCGUGCACACACACGCACGCACACACACACACACACAAAAAACACCUUGCUGUUAGUCAUUUUAUUCCUGCUAAUAUUCUGUCUCAUCACCUCACUAUGUCACAAAUUUUUGCCUCAGUUUUCAUUCAGAAUGUAUUCUCAACAUGUUUCAAAAUAGAAAACUAUUUUUGUUGUAUCAUGUUGUAUCAAUUCAUGGUACAGUAUAAACAUGGGUUUUAUCAUGGGGACUAUUUCAUGAAUGUACACAUGUCAUGGAACUAUUAUCAGUGGGAUAUGUCACAAUGGUCGAAUUGAGUGGGUUUUUUCCCAAAGGAUCUUAUGAUCACUAAGUAAUAAAUAAUUCUGUGAACACAUGAAUGUGUUGGCAUGGUAACGAUGGCAAGCAGAUUCCAUCAUUCCUACACCUGGACAAGUCACAUGGUUGCAAGAAGCUCAGGACUCGCUGGUCAAGCCAUACCGAGGCAAGAAUCUCAGGACUUUCUCAUUGGACUGACCAUACAAAGGCCGGACAAAGGACAUUUGACUGGUCGUGGAGAUUCAUCUACUAUACUAUAAUUUAAAUUUUCUACAUUAUGAAAGUGCAUAUGUGUCUAAGAUAAAAUAAUCCAGAUGUUUUUAUCUACCUGUAACCGUUAUUAUUUUAAUACUGUAUUGAACGUACUUGGAGUGUCAGUAGUUGUAGGUCUGUAAUAUAAGUCGUGAAUGUAGAAACUCUGGGCCAGUUGUCGGAGGCACCAUGAUUCACAGUACAGUGUGAUUUCCAGUUUUCAUGGAUUGUGUUCUAGUUUUGUCAACACCACACCUGUGCUGGUGGGUCUCACCAGAUUUUACAUGUCAAACACUAUUCCUCCGGCAGCAAGCCGACUUGCCGUUAUAUAACAUGAAUACUGUUCCAAGUGGCGGCAAACCCCAACAUUCAGGAAGCACUGUUGGAUGGCUCCAUGACUGAUGGUUGUCUCGACACUGUGACAAAUGCAAACACAGUUUUCUUGGUGUCUAGGAAUUCAAUGCUUUAGUUUAGGGCACAAUUCGUUAUUUUGGCAUUUGCCUAGAAAAGGAGCCUGUAGGGUGAUGGCUUCAUGUAAAGUGUUUAGCUAAAUACAACUUCAUGGGGUCAUUACCUGGAGAAGUUGAGAAAUAUCAAGAAAGAAGGGAAAAUGUAUUCCACCAAGUAUCGACCCCAAAGAACUAUCUGGAUUGUAUGGGCAUUCAGAGGGGUAUUGGUAGUGUGCAGAGAAUUGCUACCUCAGUUUCUUAUCCAAAUUGUCAGGAUUUAGAAUCAAGAAAACCUCAAUUUUAACAAGUUAUCAAUAUCAUGUAAUCUUGACUUCUAGUCAUAAUAAAGUGCUGCCACCAUGCUGAUGGUGUUCUGUCUCCAGGUCUGAAACCUACUGGACAGAGCAGGAACAUAUAACCAGUCAGCUGAAGUGAUUUUCCCAGUUGUGGAGGUAUAAAUGCUUAACAUGAGAGCCUGUAGAUUUCCCAGGCGAGGGGUGGUCGAUGUCAACUACUAACCAGGGUGUCAAGUACGCUGCUGUUUCUCUGUUCAGGGGAGAUAACUCUGUAGUAUCACUGGGCAGGGGAGGUAACUCCAGGUAAAUCACCACAUUAUGUAUGUUAAUUAAUUGAGAUGAUUCAGUUCGUUCCUGUGUAUACAUAUUUGUGGCAAUACAGGUUGGUCUUUUAGAUCACAAGUGUUUUUGAGAAUUGUAUAUACACAGCAAUUGCCGUGACAAACUGAGUCCUUGAGGUGUAUAUAAACAUGACACUUUCCAUGAUAUUUUAAAGGUGUGGUUUGAUAUAUAGAUUUAUAUUUACAAAGGUGUGGAUGUGAAUUAAUGAUUCACUACAUUAUGAAUCUCAAAAUUGUCCGUGUUCUUGUAGAGAGCAAGAUAGGAUGCUUUGUAAAAAGCAUCAAAUGACCUUUUAUUUUCAUUAUUGCUUGGAUUUGCAGUUGCUUUUAAUAUUUUUGUUGCUUAUUCCAUGUAUUAGUAGUAAAAAUGAUGGAAAGUCA